GUCAGUUCUGACAGUAAGGAGCUCGACGCAAUGUUUAGUAAUAUAAUGGACAUUUAUGAACUGACUGUAACUUUCUUGGGUUCAUUGGAAGAUAUGGUUGAGAUCAGUGAAGAGAAACAAGUACCUGCGAUUGGAAGCUGCUUUGAAGAAUUAGCAGAGGCUGCCGAAUUUGAUGUCUACGGGAGGUAUGCACGUGACAUCACACAGCCACAGAGCAGAGAGGCGCUAAUGAAGCUCAGCAGUCGGCCCGAAGUCUCUGAUGCUCUUCAGUCGGCUGGCCAUGGAUUCAGAGAAGCUGUGAAGUAUUACCUUCCAAAGCUGCUGCUUGGUCCUAUUUGGCACUGUUUUCUGUACUUCGACUAUAUAAAGAUUUUGCAUAGAUUGACACCCAUUGACGAAGACAGAGAGAGCUUGGAACAGGUGGAAGGCCUGUUGAAGCCACUUCAAACGGAACUUUUGCAGACAGUUGGAAACUUACCAAAGAGAGAGAGUGGAAUUCGAAUGCAUGGUAGAGUGAGGAGACAGAUUGCUCUGGAUAAGACAAAUGAACUUCAAAAAUCAAUAGACGGUUGGGAAGGGAAGGACAUUGGCCAAUGCUGCAAUGAAUUUAUUCGUG